CCGUCUCCGGUGAGGUCAUCUUUAAAGGUGGACGUCAGUGGGCGGGGCCACCGCAGCUCCGGUCCGAAGCCAGACGUUUGCAUGAGAAGGAGCGAAAGUUUAGAGAGAAGGAGAAGAAACAGCUGACUUUGGGCUUUGGUCUGUACACAGUGUUACUGCAGCCUGCAGGAGCACACGGCCUCAGGAGGGACAAGAAAACUCCAACCAAAAUGCUGUCCACCCAGCAUCUGCCCUGCUGCACAGUCAUUGUGUUAGUGCUAUUCGAGCUGACUCUUGCCCAGUACGAACACCUCGGCUACCCACCGGGCUACCCUGACCCAGAACAGGAACACUACGUCGCCCCCCAGCUGUCGCCAGACACGCCCAGGAUCCAGCUCCGAUUAGCCGGGGAUAAGAGGAAACACAACGAGGGUCGCGUGGAGGUUUUCUACAACAAUGAAUGGGGCACUGUAUGCGAUGACGACUUCACUAUCCACGCCGCUCAGGUGGUGUGCAGGGAGCUGGGCUACCUGGAAGCCAUCUCAUGGUCACCAUCCUCGAAAUAUGGGAAAGGACAAGGACCCAUCUGGUUUGACAAUCUUCACUGCACUGGCAAGGAAAAGACCCUUGCGCUGUGUCCUUCCAACGGGAUCGGUGUUUCUGACUGCAAACACAGUGAAGACGUGGGCGUGGUGUGCAGCGACAAGAGAAUCCCGGGAUUUAAAUUUGUCAACACCCUGCCCAACCAUGUAGAGAACCUUGAUAUUCAAGUUGAGGACGUGCGCAUACGAGCCAUCCUGUCGUCGUACCGUAAGCGAAUCCCUGUAACAGAGGGCUAUGUGGAGGUCAAGGAUGGCGGUAAAUGGAAGCAGAUCUGUAACACAGAGUGGACCCAGCUUGACAGCAGAGUCAUCUGUGGCAUGUUUGGCUUCCCCGGAGAGAGGAAGUACAAUGCCAGAGUCUACAAGAUGUUUGCUCGCCGGAGAAAGCCCACAUACUGGGACUAUGCUGUUAACUGCACUGGCAAUGAAGCCCAUCUGUCCAGCUGUAAACUGGGCCAGGCUUCAUCACUGAAGUUGAAUGAGACCUGUGCUGGAGGGUUGCCUGUGGUGGUGAGCUGUGUGCCCGGUAGAGACUUUGCCCCAACGUCCAUGACGGGAUUUAGGAAGGCCUUCAGACAAGAGCAACCGUUGGUUCGUCUUCGUGGUGGGGCCAUCGUAGGCGAGGGCCGAGUGGAGGUGUUGAAAAAUGGAGAGUGGGGCACCAUAUGUGAUGAUAACUGGAACCUGCUGUCUGCCACCGUGGUGUGUCGAGAGCUGGGCUUUGGUACGGCCAUAGAGGCCCUGUCUGGAGGUCGCCUUGGACAAGGAAUGGGCCCAGUGCAUAUGAAUGAGGUGCAGUGCACUGGAUUUGAGAAGUCCAUCACAGAGUGUGUCUUCAACAAGGAGGCUCUUGGUUGCAGCCAUGAGGAGGAUGCAGCUGUCAGAUGCAACGUUCCUUCUAUGGGCUUCCAGCAGUCGCUGCGUCUGAGUGGAGGUCGUAACCCCCAUGAGGGCCGUGUGGAGGUGCUGGUGGAGAGGAAUGGUUCCCUGGUGUGGGGGACGGUGUGCAGCGAAAGCUGGGGAACCAUGGAGGCCAUGGUGGUCUGCAGACAGCUGGGCCUGGGCUUCGCCAGCAACGCUUUCCAGGAGACUUGGUAUUGGCCAGGAGAGGUGAGUGCCGACAACGUGGUGAUGAGUGGCGUUCGCUGCUCUGGUACUGAGAUGUCUCUGUCCCACUGCCUGCACCACGGAGCCCACCUCAGCUGCGCUAAAGGAGGAGGACGCAAUGCCGCCGGAGUCUCCUGUUCUGAGACGGCUCCUGACCUGGUGUUGAACCCUCAGGUGGUGGAGCAGACCACCUACAUGGAAGACAGGCCUAUGUUCAUGCUGCAAUGUGCGCACGAGGAGGAAUGUCUGUCCUCAACCGCCAACCAGGUGCCAGCCAACUCCUACCGCCGCCUGUUGCGCUUCUCCUCCCAGAUCCACAACAACGGCCAGUCUGACUUCCGGCCCAAAGCUGGCAGACACUCCUGGGUGUGGCACGACUGCCACAGGCAUUAUCACAGCAUGGAGGUGUUUACCCUAUAUGACCUGUUCUCCCUCAAUGGAACCAAAGUGGCAGAAGGACACAAAGCAAGUUUUUGCCUGGAGGACUCAGAGUGUGAUGAAGGUAUUGAAAAGAGAUAUGAAUGUGCUAACUUUGGAGAUCAAGGCAUCACUGUGGGCUGCUGGGAUACCUACAGGCAUGACAUUGACUGCCAGUGGGUCGAUAUAACUGAUAUCAAACCUGGAGAUUACAUUUUCCAGAUAGUAAUUAAUCCAAACUAUGAGGUACCUGAGUCAGACUACACCAAUAAUAUCAUGAAAUGCAGAUGUCGAUAUGAUGGCCAUCGUGUGUGGAUGUACAGCUGCCAUAAUGGUGGCUCAUUAAGCACUGAAACUGAACAGACGUUCCCAGGCCUUCUCAACAACCAGGUGACCCACAGGUAAAGACAAAACAGAGGAGAGGAGUCGACUGGCCGACCCCCCCCCCGCCACCCUUCACCUUGACACCAUCUGAAGCCCACCAACCACUACACAUCUCCCUCUGUGGUGGAUUCCGCUUGCCAGCCCUGGCCUGGUACAAAGCAGCUUUUUAUGUUCGACCCCACACCCUCCUUUCCCACCCAGCUGAAAUAAUAUAUUAUCCUCCCUUACUGUCCAAAAAGUGGCAGCUACAGCCUUACCAACACUUCCAACCUCGCUGGUUAAGAUCAAGAGAAUGGCGAAGCUCUCCUUCUGCCCUGUGACUUUUGUUUUUGUUUUUGAACAAGUGAUGAAAUAUACGUGCCAGGAAGUGGCACAAGGUACAGCAUUGGGCAAUGUCAUCAAGAAUGUGCCUUCUUUUAAAGUGCAGCACUUUAACAAAAACCUGCUGCAACACUUUUUGUUCAAAGCUCAUCCUGGAGAGGUUGGAUGUCAGUGUCAGGUCGCCUGAGGAUUGAGAGGAAUCAUCGAAAACAGCUGUGGUUUGUCUUUGGAAAUAAAUGCAGUAUUAUAUCACUUUUUGGGAGUUUUAUAAAGGGCCUUUUACACAUUAAAGUCCACUUACUGUACACUGAGUUUGUUGCACAGGCCAACUGAGCAUUUAUUUUGCAUGUCUGUUAUUUAAGAUGAAGUUUCACAUCUUCAUUGAGGAGUUUAUGCAAAUAAAACUGUGGCACAAGCAAGUCCUCAAAAAGCAAACCGCCCAUUCAUCACAAAUUACAAGUGCUAAUUGCCCGAUUCAACCGUAAAACUAAUCCACCAAGGCUGAAAUAUUACAUGCUGAUCCUCAAAGUGCCCCAAAGCUUUCUUUUAUGUAACCGGGGCAUAUAUUCUCUGAAAUUGCUCUGUAAAACUACUUGGACACGUGGCCGGGUUAGCUCAGUUGGUAGAGCAGGCGCACAUAUAUAGAGGUUUACUCCUCGACGCAGCGGCCGCGGGUUCGACUCCGACCUGCGGCCCUUUGCUGCAUGUCACUCCCCCACCUCUCUCCCGUUUCAUGUCUUCAUCUGUCCUGUGAAAAUAAAGGCCUAAAAAUGCCCCAAACAAAAAAUCUAAAAAAAAAAAAAAAACUACUUGGACACUAUACAUGCAUACAAUCUGAAUUAGGUGAGUUUCGAUACAAUCCUUUGAGGACAUUGGUGUCGCAAAGUGCAUGGGAAGCAAUUUGAGUUAGUCCAGAAAUUAUUGAAAAAAUGAUUUGAGAAAGAUUUAGCUCACAGAUGUACCUAUAAUUUACAUUACAGUAUGCAUUGUCAUUGUUUGACCAGCACUGUUAGAUAGCUUUCCAGUUAUUUUGCACACUGAUUUAAAAUUGGGUUAUGUCUUCUGUUUGGUAAAUGAGGCCAUUUCGAACUGACUGAGACCAAUUUCAGUUCCAAGACAUUGUCUCAUGCUUUCCUUUUUAUGAUAUGUAGCAAUAUUUUGCUUUUGAAGCUAAUAUGGGACCUCACAUUUCUUUUUUUCUCAUUGUUCAGUGUCUUUAUGCUGAACAAGUAGGAAUCUCUCACAUUCAUUACACCUACCAUCUUUAAAGAGCAAUUUAAGACCACCUACAAAUCUUGAACAUUAAAGAGAAAAUAGAGAUAAUCUGCGGAAGCUAUGACUGGCUAGCACUUCAGCGGUUAGCUCCCCAGGCAGCUACCAACUAGCCCUAAGACUAUAGUCACUACGUCACUAAACUUCUAGAAAAUUUCACGAAGACGCACUAAUCGAUUUUGCUGUACCACUUUCUGGUAUGACCAGGCCUUAAAGCAUUAACACCACUGUUCUAUCACAGGCUAACAGCCAGUAGUUGUAUGCUAGCACAACUAGCCUCAACUUCAGCUUGCCUGUAUCAACGUCUAGGAAAGCUGUUCAAAGUGUGGCUCUACAUUACUUUGGCACAAUUCGGAAAUGUGUGAUUGAAAAUCUUUUAGAUAGCACAAAUGUCCGCUUUCUAAACUCCCAGGAACUCCUCUCCCCACUCGCGUUCCACACUAUACAUCCGUGGUUACAAAUUGUGUGUGUGUGUGUGUGUGUGUGUGUCACCUUGCGGGAUUUCAGAAUGAGACUUCACCAUCUUCCCAUAAUGUAGUCAGACACUUAAUACCAAUCUGAGCCUGUCGGUGGCAAAAACAACAAUUUUUAGUGGACGUACAUUUACGGUGGUUUCAUUGCAGCCCACUUUGCGGCGGCCAGUUACAGCAUUCUUGCUCAAUACUGGACCACUUUCAAAGAUUUUUGUUGUUAGACACAAAGUCAUGGGUCACUGUUGAAAAAUACCGAAAUUCCACUUUAAUACACUUCAGUCUAUAUGUUACUUAAGUGUGUCUUAAGUCUCAGACAGUGGCACUCUACAGGAGGAUCAUAGGACUGUUCUACAAUAACAUGCUUUCAAAUAAAGGAAGGUUUCAGCGAUUACCUCACUGCCUUAUAUGUUGCUUUAACAAGGAAACAAAAGAGCACAGAUAUCUUCUCAGAGAAGGCUCAUGAAUAACAUUUCCCCAAUGUUAGAGUUGCAGAUAUUAAUUACUUACUGUUAUUGAAGUUAGUUGUUAUUAAGUUUUAUUCCUUUACAAAAAAAUACGUUACGUACAAUAUUAUGUGUGAAUCCUAUUUUAUUGUAGUAUGUUUUAUAAUGGUGCUAUCAAACUGGUCCUCUGUUUUCUGAGGGUACAGUACAUGUUGAACAGCUACAUUAUGUAUACUAACAGUAUACUUGAACUGAGUGUAAGGAACAAUUUGCUUUGUGUGUUAAACUAUAAUAAAUGUCUGAGUUAAGGAGCAACCAAA